CUUCUCUCUCCCCCUCUUUCUGCCCCUCCCUCUCCUUGUCAUGCUCGGACGUUGUUAGGAGGGAGAUAACUUCAUGUGACUGCUGCUUCCCUAAAUGCCCUUCAUCAGAGGCUGCAGUUCCUGAAACACACAUGGACCUGACGACCAGGAGGAGGCUCCGCUGCUAGAAAAAAGACGAAACUCUAGAGAGGGCGAGGAGCUUUCGGUGCACGGUGCACAGUUGCUGCUGAAGGGGGAGACGAGCUGAAGCACCCUACCGCCGCCCAGGAAGGGGAAGACUGAAAAGCAAAGACUUCUCUCCUUAAACUUGUAUGUAAGAUUUGAACAAGUGCAAAUAAGGAAUCUGAAGCCAUCAUCAUGGAUUUUGUGAUGAAGCAAGCUUUAGGAGGGGCUACUAAAGAUAUGGGGAAAAUGCUUGGAGGAGAUGAAGAAAAAGACCCCGAUGCCGCUAAGAAGGAAGAAGAACGCCAGGAAGCCCUCAGGCAGGAGGAAGAGGAGAGGAAAGCAAAAUACGCAAAGAUGGAGGCUGAGAGAGAAGUUAUGAGACAAGGGAUUCGGGACAAGUAUGGAAUUAAAAAGAAGGAAGAGAGGGAGGCUGAGGCCCAGGCUGCCAUGGAAGCAAACGCCGAAGGCAGUCUCACGCGUCCAAAGAAGGCCAUACCGCCUGGCUGUGGGGAUGAAGAGGAGGAGGAAGAGGAGAGCAUUCUAGAUACAGUCAUCAAAUACCUCCCUGGGCCUCUUCAAGAUAUGUUCAAGAAGUAAUGACUGUAGGCAGUCAGACUGCUUUCUCCAUGAACAGUAAAGCAAUGGAUUUCUCAUUGUAAAAUGGGAAUUUACAAUCUUGCCACCUACCACGCUCACCACCCCUUUUGCUCACUAGAAUCCCUCCAGAUUCAUCCAUUCCUUUUUGUACAUAGUCACAUACGGUUAGACACCUCUGGAUGGAUGUAAGGAGCAAUGAGCUGUAGUCUACUCAGCUUUAAUUAUAAGCCAUAGUACUAUGUAUGUUCAAUAAGGUAACUAUCCAUUAAUCCGAGAAAAGGAACAACAUGUUUGCUUCCAUUCUAAAGCAGGCAGGCAUGUUCACUGCAAGUGAGCAAUGGCUUUUUGUUGAGUCCCAUUGUUCAAAUUUCAAACUGUAAUUGGCCGUCUCCAUUGUUCUUUGCUGGUCCAUCUGUCCUGCCCGUCACAUCUCUAUCUCCUCUGAAAACGGAACUGUAUUUUUAUCCCAAUCUCCUCAGAGAUCAUUUGGAAUGUUAGUCGGGUGCAACUCAUGUUCACCGCUCCAUUUUCUCAGUUGUUCAAAGACUGAGUCUUCUACAUUCUUGUGUGUUUAACGGUCUAAAUCAAUGCCUCAGAAUCUAAUCAAGUAUCUUGUACCUUUGGACUCUCUAAAAGAUGGAGAGGGAAGGAAAAAGCCACCUGACCAGAGAGCACUAAGAAACAGGCCAAAUGGGUCCCAUAGGGGUCAAAUUCAGCUGUCGCUUAGAGGUCAGGCUUCAGAGGUCGGUUUGGAAGGUUUGGCAGGCCCUGGUAGCCUCUGGUUACCAAUGACCUUUACCAUGUGGAAUCCCAGUUAUUCUUCCAAGGGCAGCAGUGCCAGUAACGAUUGGAGGAAAAUUCUUUCCGGUGGUGAUCAGUACUGUACUGUGCACUCCAACGAUUGGUAGGUGACUUCUCAAGACCACAGGAGGAGUGAUUUAGGCUCAAAUUCAGACACAGCCAGUGUCUGCAUCUGCAUCUUUCCCUUCCAUGUACCAGACUGAGGGAGGUCAAACUAACUGACUCCAGGAACUACAUCUUCAGAGAUUUGCGAGCCACAUAACGCCCACAGCCAAAGGCAGAGUUGGAAGUGGUCAACUGUAGCCGCCACUUGUUCUACCCCUUCCCCUCCUCUCUUGAGCAGUACCUUCUCUUCCAGAAAGUUCAGUCUUUUCUUUGCCAAUAUGCCACUGUAUCAUUUGCACAUCAGUGGGUGAAAGUUAUUUUCCAAGAUCUGAGGAGAGAUUAAGCCAGGCCAGAAAGGUGGUGCUGGAUGGGGAUGAAAUCAGUCUGCAAGUCAUUGACUAGUGUGUGGAGAGCCCACAACAUGUGUGUUCUCUGGAAGCCAUGCUUUUCACUUCAAAAAAACCCAACGAAAAACCCCCCAAAAACAACCCUAAAAUCACCGCUCCCCCACCCCCCGCAACCUAAAAGGACUUCUUUUAGAACAUUUUAACAAUAGGCAGGCAGUGUCCAGGAUGGCGUCAACACCAAGGAGUAGAAAGGGUGGGAUAAAUUUAGUUCCAGGGCCACCCUAAUCAUAAUGCUCAAUUUUAUGAAAAUUUAAAUUUAAAGAGAAAAGUGAGAAUCAAAUGUCACUUCUUUUUUUUUGCUAGCAUGUGUGUCACAUUCCAGUAGCUGGUGCAGCAUUUGCACUGCUGAUUUAGAAAUUUGAAGUCCUUUGCCUAUAAUGGUGAGUCACUGUGAGUCCCAUCCAACCCCGGCCUAGGAGUUCAUAGCUUCACAGGAACUACUAACUUUUGGAUCCUCUAUUUCUGCUCAUGACUAAAGAUGGAAGCUAUUGGAUUUGAGUAAAACAAAGGAAAAAUUAUCGCUCCCUGUCAAAUCAGAGUAGACAGGCCCCCUUUUUGGAAUAGGUCGGGCAAACCGAUGAAUGAUGCUUUGAAAAAGAACCCCAAACGUGCAAGAAGCAGGAGGCUGCAGAUUUUGCAGUAGCUCUAAAUCAACAUUGAACUACUGUUGCCUACAAAUUCUAGUGAGGCAGUUUUAUUUGAUAACAUGAAAAACCAAAUGUUGAGAACAAUGCUAUUGGGAGACAUGCUCCAUAAUUGCACAACUUUAGAGAGCUCUGUAAAUCCAUAAUUCAUCAGGCACCAGAUUUCACAAAUUGAUGCUGUAGUUGAAUGGGAUAAGCUGCUAUUCUUCAGCACCCAGAGAAGCUCAGUGGAUCUUUCUGUUCUGACGAGGUGCUUCAUGGGCUCUGCAUGGCCUAAGGUGUAGACAUUUAUAAAGCUUAGUGACAGCAUUAGAUUCUGGAGGUGCUAUCAAAUUAUGAGACCCAUCAUUUACAAAUGACCAAAGGCACACAUCAGAGUGCAAUUGUGCGUCCACACCAAAUAAUUUCCAAUACUCCUGGACUAGUCUCAGUCGGUAUUAAAAUUUGCCUAAAACUUAGUACGGGGUCAAGGUAGUUAGGAUAGUUGAUUUAUUGGAAAAGAGGGGAGUGGUGGCAAGGAGAUCAGCAGCAGUUGGAUUUAAAACCACAUGCAUGAAAUUUCUAAGAUAGGGAAUAAACCCCAAGGCCAUAGUAUGAGGAAGCCAGAGUACCAUCAAGGUGUUUACCAUCACUUGUACCUUUGGGCUGCAGCAAUCUGGAGCGUCUUUGCAGAUCACCGAACCAAACCAUGAGAGCAGAAGACCUGUCAGUAAUCUGUCACUUAAGAUUAAAAGCCCUCAGUUCACCCUUUUCCAACACUAAUGAUAGAUUUUGGUUUUCUUUCAAAUCAAAAGUUUUCAAAAAUGAUCUUCCCUCUUCUGCUACCUCCCGUGCUCAGUUCAAACAAACCUGUAUUUUCUGCUUAUAUCCUUGAAACGUCUACAGUCUUUCCUGUGGGAAAAAAUGAUAGUAGGAGUAAAGGAUUUAGAUUCUGAGGGAGACCCUUCCCCUGACAAAUUCACCUGUGGGUCACACUGACCUGUAAGUAAAUUCUGUUAAAUCGGUGCCUGCCCCCCAUUACCUCCUGCUCUGUUCACCCUGCUAUUAUGAAUUCUGCUUCUACCCCUGAGGGAGAUAAGAAAUUUCCAUUAUGUGGUCCCAUCCCCAGAAAACCCUGAUUUACAUUGCCAAAACAGACUUUGAAAUGCCUGGCCUGUUAGAGAGAUGCUCAGUAGAUGAUAGCUGAUUUUUCGAGAUAUGGAGGGGUUUCAGUUCAUUUUCCCCCCUAAAAUAGUCCACUCUCAAUUGAUGAGCUGGAAUUGGAAAGGCUAGCCUGGGUGCUAGCUCUAAUGCCUUACCUCGGGGGGGGUGGGGGGGGCAGCCAAUCCUAGGUAACAAUCUUCAAUUAGUCUACAUGGCCCAAACCCCUGAAUUCCUCACGCAAACCCCGAGAAUGAGCACAGCUCAGCAGCACGGUCACUGAGCUCCAGUGGUUGGCUGACGUCUCUGCUUCUAAAGAUGCAAAAAUAAAACCCAGUGAGCGAUCCCUUAGGACACUGGGAACAACCCCCUAUUGGGCCCCUUCUCUCUGAACCCUACCAUCCUGAAGCAGUUUGAGAAAACAGCCUUCUUGGUAUUUUGGGCCCUCUGGAGCCACUGAUGUUUAAGAGGGAGUUGUUCAGGAAAAAAAAAAAGUUAAGUGAAUGCUUAGACUGUGGCUCUCUAAAAUCUUUUUUCCCAGAAUCUGCUAAUCUUCACCCCUCCAUCUUGCAUUGUGAUGGUUAGUUUCUGUUUAUUUUUCUCCUUCACUUAAGAAAUCCUACAAGGAGAAUAUCUAUUCCUUAGAUCAGCUGGUGUCUGCUCUCUCAAUACACAUUGGAGAAAGCGUGCACUGAAGUAGAGCCAAGUUUUUAACCAGUGGGGAUGCUUUGCAUCAGGUCAGUUGGAACAUCUAGUCUGUCCCAGUGAAGACCUCCUCCGAUUCAUCUCAAGGGGUAAAAGAAUUGGAGUGAGAUGAGAAGACAACUUAGCAGGUCAUGCCCAACCUACUUCUGAAGGCUGUCCCACAGCCCUGAGGGGCAUAUUAAGAAAAGUUUCCACCACCUUUCCAUCUCAGUUAACUCUGGUUCCCUCCCGGAAGUGGGAAAACAUUGAAAAACACUGCACUGAAAGGAUUUUCCUCAAUUGGCUUUAAAAAAAAAAUACGGUAAGGUAAAGGCUUGAGACCAUCAGAGUUCUACCAUCUCCAGAAUACCUUCCCUGCUUUGUAUGAAGCUGAAGUGGGCAUUUCUAUCACUGGACCAAAUCUACCCAAUCCCCUUAUCCCUCCGGCAUUAGAGAUUAAGGUGAGGGCCGCUGGAUAAACCCCUAGAGUCCAUCUCGCAGUCAGAUGUCAAAGAUCUCAACAAGACCAAAGACCAACACGGUUCAUUGUUUGGAUUCUGACUCUCACUUUGUCCUUCAUCUUCCCAAUUUAUUUUCAUCACAUCAAUAUGUUGAAUCUCAGGUAAAUGAGGUCUUCUGUUUUUGAUGAGCUUUUAUUUAGACAGAAAGGUUUAUGUCAAAGUGGGCGAGUUGUACUACCCACCCCACGCCUUUCCAUUCGAAUAAAAAUAAAUCAAAGGUCUCCAUUUUGUGGAGGGCAAAUACUUUCGUUUGGCAUUGACCUUCAUGACCUUACAUUGAUCUUUAGAGAAAGCCAUAUGAAAUCAGACUGCAAUAUUAAUUAUGAAUGCUACUCUACGCUAAAGAGAAUAGAUCAUUUGCUAAAUCACUUUGGGGUUUCACUGUCUAUGUGUCUCGUUCUGUGUUUUAGCUUAGUUAUCCUCGUGCUGCCGAACACAUCUUCUUAACAAGCUUUACGGCUCCGGUACAAUGUUUUGAGUAAUCGGCUAUUGUGAGCUGAAUGUUUCACCCUUUGUAUCUGAUAUGUGCCUAUAUGUGGUUUGCUCUAUUACUGGUGUAAUGUUCACUGUGUGCUCCGUCAUUGAAAUGUUGGGUAAACGUCUCUAAAAAUGCUUGUUUUCACACAUACACAAAGGAGAAUCCUGACUAGAUCAUGCAUUUUCUAAGAAAAAUGCUUACCUCCUGUUUCGAGAUGCAUGUGGCAAUUCCCAAGCUUUAAGAUGAUUUAAAGUAGAGAUUUGUGAAUGUAAGUUUUGUUUGUAAUUUGCCUGCUACUGUUCCUGCAUGACAAGGGUAACUGCUCUGAUGUUCUUUUUGAAUGGAAUCACAGCCAAUAAAAAUAAAUAAAUAAA